UAAUGGAAUACAGAAGACUAGGAUCUACAGGACUCAAAGUAUCUGCAAUUGGAUUUGGUAAUUGGCUAAAUGCAGAUGAUAAUGAAACUUUAGAAAGAAAUACUAAAAUUAUAUAGAAGGCUUGGGAAUUAGGAAUUAACUUUUUCGAUACAGCAGAAGGUUAUGGAAAAGGAAAAGCAGAAAUACAAUUAGGAAGUGCUCUCAAAACACUUAAUGUCUAAAGACAAGAUAUUGUAAUCAGCACAAAGAUAUAUUUUGGUACAGCUUAAGAUGAUUUUCCAAAUUCCAGAUUUCUUUCAAGAAAACAUAUUAUUGAAGGUAUCUAUUUUCAUUAUAAUUAUAGGACUCAAUAAUUCACUUAAGAGAUUGGAUUUAACAUAUGUUGACAUUGUCUUUGCUCAUAGGUAUGAUCCACAAACUCCUUUGGAAGAGGUUUGUAGAGCAUUUGAUUGGGUAGUUAGACAUGGUUGGGCUCAUUAUUGGGGAACUAGUGAAUGGACAGCUCAAUAAAUCUUAGAAGCAAUAGGUAAUAUAUUUACAUUAUAAAAGGUAUAUGUGAUAGAUUAAAACUUAUCAAACCUGUUGCCGAAUAGCCAUAAUAUAAUAUGUUAGUUCGAGAUAAGUUUGAAUGGGGCUAUAAUAAUGUGUUUGCUUAAGGUUAUGGAUCUACAAUUUGGUCACCAUUAUAUUAAGGAAUUUUAACAGGAAAAUAUAAUGAAGAUAUUUUAGCAGAUGGUAGAUUUAAGAAUACUGAUAAUCCUUAUUUAAAAAGUUUUUAUGAAAGAACAUUAGGAAAUCCAGAAUGUAUUAUAUUUAUAUUUAUAAAAUAAAAAGAUGCCGCUAAAGUUUAGUCACAAUUAAAGUAAUUAGGUGAUUUAGCUAAAGAACUUAAUAUUACAUAAGCCUAACUAUCAUUAGCUUGGGCUUUGAAAAAUAAAGAUGUUAGUACUGCCAUUACAUCAGCAUCAAGAGUUGAAUAAUUAGAAGAAACUUUUAAGUCAAUAUAAGCUAUAAAAUUAAUUACCCCUGAAAUUGAAACUAGAAUAGAAACAAUACUUUAAAAUAAACCUGAAACAUAACUUAAUUUUAAGGUUCAAAAACCAUUCCCAACUAGAAGGGAUUUGUAUGUUUGAU